AUGAAUAAAAACCUUGAAACUAAGGAAAAUAGAAAACGCAGAAUAAAGGCAGAAAUAAGAAAGGACAGGCCAAAUAUCAUCUGUUGCAUUAAGAAUGAGAAGAUAGCAACCAGUGUGGAUGGCUAUGGAGUCCCUAUCCGCGAGAGAACCCUCCUUUCUGGAGUCGAACUCGAAAAAAAAAUACGGCCGAAGACACCUGUGUAUGUUCUGAAGAGGCACCUGACAAUCAGCAAGAUUACUCUGCCUGUUCUUGAUGUGCUGGACACGCGCAAUACCUUCCUCUGGGUCGAGUUCUUUAGGAGCCAGAUCGUUGCACAGCGGUGGUCUGAGAAGGAAGCCAAGGUCUUUUUUAAGUAUUCUAUUGCAAAGGACAUCCUUGAGACAGUAGUGGGGAACCCAAUGGAGCAGACUCUCAGGGACUCUGUGCGAAAGAUAUACGAUGUAGUGUACACUCCAGCCAGGGUUGCGCGGCUAAAGAAGAGAAUUGAGACGAUCCAGUCUGGCGAGUUUGUUUCUCUAGAGGAGUACAAUGCAGAGCUUGGUCUGCUGCUUAGGUCAUACUCAGUGCGGGUUAUGCUGUCGCCUUCUGAAAUGGAGGAAAUGCAUCAAAUGUAUUUCUGGCAGGGGCUCUCAGAUUAUAUCAAGAGGCAUCUAAAUGAGAGGAUUGACCAAACAACUCCCAUUGACGAAAUCAUUCGAUUAGUAGUUUUAUACAAGCAGAAGUUGGCUAGGCAGUACAACCUUACAAAUAAGUUUACAGGGGUCAUUUUCGCAGGGGAUAGCCCAGUCAUAAGCUUCUCUGCAGAUGAGGGCGUGCAGACCAUGAGCGUGCGGGAAAGCCCAAGGGAAGUUGAGCUUAUUGACUGCUCGCGCAAUGCAAGGACCUCUUCUCGGCCUCCAAUGCCUUCCAUAAGCGAGCGCCCAGUGUUAAAGCUGCCUAUGCUUAGGAAGAUCCCUGAAGGGCUCAUUAUAAAGAAUGACCUUCCUGGAACGCUUAAUAGAAUCGUGGAGAAGUACAGCCACAAGAAGAGAGAGCGAAUCUUUAGAAGGCCAGAUCCUGAGGAAGUAUUUAUUGUCUACUGCGGAUGCAUUCGAAAGUGGACAGCAGGAAUUCUUAUGCAAAACAACAAGGUUGUUUCUGUCAUGAAAACACUGCUAGUAGGCGAGCAGCUGAAAUACACCGAGACAGAGAAGUGCAUUCUUGCCAUAAACAAGUGCCGCAGGGUUUUCAAGAAAAUUACAGGAGACGCUAUUAUUAUUUUUACGAACGACAAGUACGAGUCAUUUAUCUAUACAACUGAGAACGAUCUUAGCUUCGUUAACGGAGUACAGAUCCCAGAAUAG